UCCGGGCCGGAAGUCGGUGGAGGAAGAUUGGACUGUGGGAACCUAGCGCUUUACCUGGGAGCAUGAGCGUCUGUAGUCUCCUCGUGGCGGGAGGAAGGUGGCGAUGUUUUCCAGUUCCAUUAGCGUCAUCCUUGUUCCAGGCGCUACAUAAUUCCUGCUGUCGAAAAAAAUCCACUGCACCUAAGAAGAUCAUUCCCAAUGCUGCUAUCUGUGAUGAAAAUACAAAGGAACCUGGAAAUGCGCUUGACAAGCUCUUCUCUUCAGAGCAGCAGGCUUCCAUCUUGCAUGUGUUGAAUACGGCAUCUAAUAAAGAACUGGAAACUUUCAGAUUGCUUCGUGGAAGAAAAUCUGUCAAUAUUAUAGAGCACAGAGAGAAGUUUGGGCCAUUUCAGAAUUUGGAGAGUUUAAUGAAUGUGCCCUUGUUCCGGUAUAAAACUACCAUUCAGGUUUGUAACUCCAUUCUUUGUCCAGAGACUGGAGGGAGAAAAGGAAAGUUCCAGGACAACCGGCUCUUGAGAAAGUUCAUCAAACCAGAAAUAGCAAGAGAGAGACUUAAGGCAGUUAAUAGUAUCGUAUCCAUCGUUUUUGGAACUCGAAGAAUUGCCUGGGCUCAUGUGGAUCGUAAAUUGGCAGUGCUGGACUGGCAGCAGAAUGAGUGUUGCCAGUUCAUGAAAGGAGCAUACUUAUCAUCUGUCUAUUUACAAGAGAUUUCUUCAGUCAUUUCAAAGAUGCCUAAAGCUGACCUCUAUGUUCUGGAAAAAAUCGGGCUUUCAAUACAGAACCCAUCUCGGUUUCCCGUAGUGUUACAUUUUCAUAUCAUGGAAGCCAUGCUGUAUGCCUUGUUAAACAAAACCUUUGCCCAGGACGGCCAGCAUCAGGUGCUGAGCAUGAAUCGAAAUGGAGUGGGGAAGCACUUUGAACUGAUGAUUGGGGACACACGGACUAGUGGAAAAGAGCUGGUGAAGCAGUUCCUCUCAGAGUCUGGUCUGAAGGAGGAGCCUCGGGUAGUCUUCCCCACAGAGAAGAUCGUCUGCUACAGACAGAUGUUUUCAUCUACUGGACAGGAGAGAGCAGAAGAGUUAUAUGAUUCAUUAUUACAAGCUGUUGCCUUCUAUGAAUUAGCAGUUUUUGACACUGAACCUUAAAAUAUUGAGGUUAAUAUAAGAGCUCUAAGGUUAUAUUAAUUUAAUUUAUAUUUAUUAGCCCUAAAGCUAUAAAGCCAACUGUUUUUAACAUUCAUGUUUAUGAGGAAGACAUGUUUGUAUUUAAGGUCAGACUUUUGGCUGUUGAAUUGUUCACACAAUAAUAAGCUAAAUCAAUAAAUACCUUAGGAGAUUCUG